UAUCAUCAGAAAUAACAACUCUUUCCUUGUUAAGCGUCAAGGUGUUCAAUUCUCUUCCGAACCCUCCAACUUGAUGAAUGUCAACUCUUUCAAGUACUCCGGUCUUGCCAACCCCAAGUCUGUUGCUAUUACUUCCGCUGCUCGCGGUGUUCGUGUCGUCACUCAAAAGAAGGAUAAGCAAUCCUACCCUGCCAAGUCUGCCAACUCUACUGUCAUCGCUAAGACCCGUCGCGCUACUGCCAAGUCUGUUGCUAACUUGAUUGCCAAGAGCCGUUACCGUCCUGAUCUUCGCGCUGCUGCCGUUGCUCGUGCUUCUGCUAUUAUCUCCUCUCAACAACCCAAGAAGGUCCAUGCUAAGCGUGAAUCCAAGGGUCGUCGUGCCACCAAGGCUUAAGUAUACUCAACCUUACAUCUUAUUAGUUUAUUUGUAAAUUUAGCA